UCUUCUGGCGGGCCCUGGUUAGUUACCUUAUUUGGCUAGGACUUUGAACCCUACCGUUCCAGGAACUGCAGAUGCCUAACGGCUGUCUGUAUGUUUCCACUAGUAAUGGCUAUUACAGCCACAGUCACUUUUCGGUCCUGUUUCCGCCUGGAAGCUGCGUGUCCCCCAGUUUCCACCCCCCCCCUGCAGUCUCAGCGCCCCCUGCUGUCCCAUUGUGAGGACCAGCAGCCCCGGAGCUGGGGUCCCGCGGGUUCCGAGGAGGCUGGGACACCGCAGUCUGACCAGAGGCUCCGGGAAGAGUCUAUUGCUGUGCAGCUACAGGGAGCCCCCCCCCCCCCCCCCGCAUCUAACGUCCCCACCAGCGGAGACCUGCCGACCGGGACCGAAGUCAGAACCUUAGCCCAUCACUGGCUUUGGCCCCCGAGGGAGGUGGAGGACCGCUGUGUGCCGGGCGCCACCUGCGCCUGGCCGCUGGGUUCAGACCGGAAGACUGGGCGCCGGGGACGUGACGACGGCGCGCGGCGUAUGCAGAUGAAGAGGCGCGCAGAGGCUGUCGGUCCUACUGCGCCCGCUCCCCCUGCGUCCCGGAUCCAGACGCCCCGAGGCUGUUUUUGCGGUGGGCGAAGGCAGUGCCUUGUGGGCGUUGAAGACGGAGUUGAGGUUUUUGCUUCGUUUUCCCAGAAGACGAGGAAAGGUGUCCAUUGUUUUCCUGCUAGUUAUGCAACCCACUGGUGACUUCUCCUGCGGCCCCCAAAAUGGGAUCUGGUGUAGCCAACAGAGCUACCACCGCCCGUUUUUGUCUCCAGACUGUCCCGGGAAAUGCCACCCACCCCGAGGGGUGGAGGCAGCCGGAAGGCCUGGGCCCGUGAAACGCAGGAAGCUCCCGCGGGAGCCUUUCUGUGUGGGGUUCUCCGAGGCACCUGGAAAGAAUGAUACUCGUGCUUUGCUU